UUUGAUAUUUCACAGCCUCCGAAAAAAGACACAAAGGGUUCUUCGAAACAACCACAAAAAACUCAAAAAAAAAAAGAGGGUGGAUCUGGUGGCAAGGCUAAAAAGAAGAAGUGGUCUAAAGGAAAAGUUCGUGAUAAGUUAAAUAAUCAAGUAUUAUUUGAUAAAGGAACAUAUGAUAAAUUAUUGAAAGAAGUACCUGCUUACAAAUUAAUUACACCUUCAAUUGUUAGCGAAAGAUUAAAAAUUCGUGGAUCUUUGGCAAGACGGGCAUUGAUAGAACUACAACAAAAAGGAUUGAUAAAACAAGUAGUUCAACAUCAUGCACAACUUAUUUAUACCCGAACUACAAAGGGUGAUGAUCCUGCUACUUAAAAUUGGUCCUUGUAUAUUGAUUUAAUAAUAAAAAUUAUUUAAAC